AUGUCAAUCAUGCGCAACGUCCCCCGCCGCCUGCUUGAAAUGUCGAUAGCCAUCAACAUCUUUCUCUUCAUCCUCAUCUUUCUCCCGCACGACUCGGCCGAAGGUGCGCUGGGACAGGAUAUGGAGGAAGGGCGAUGGUGGAAGAUACCCAAGGGCGUACUUGAGAAGCUGGGGCGGAAACCCAUCGAGCCGGAGCAUACAUGGGAAGCGGGAGUCGAGGAGCAGGUGGUGGAGGUGGACGUUUCUACGAGCGAGAAAUCGCAAGGAGGAUGUAGUUUGUGUGAGAUGGAUCCUGCUCUGUGUCGAGAACUCGGAAAGGAGAACCUCGAAAAGGCGCUUUCUUUCGCUGGUACAGGUAUGCGCUUCAGGCGUAUGCUCUCAAAGCUCAAAAGAGGCGAACGCCUCGUAGCAGGCGUCAUCGGUGGUUCCGUAUCAAGCGGCCACGGUAUAGACCUUUUACCCGGCUGGAAACCCGACCAAUCCACAAACCUCCACCGCAUCAUAUUCGACCGUAUCGACCAUCUCUACCCCGCCCCCAACGGAGCUGUCACUGGGAAGAACGGGCGGGAGGAGGGGAAGAAUUCGUAUGUGAAUGGUGCUCAGGGUGCUUCUGGAUCACAAUACUUUUCUCUAUGCUACCGCGAACAUUUACCGGAAGAUAUGGAUGUCGUGUUUGUGGAGCUAGCUAUCAACGACGAAGUGCUGCUGAGCAACAUGGACUCGUACGAGAUCCUCAUCCGAAGCCUUCUCGAUCUUCCCAACAAACCCACCAUCCUAACCUUGGACGUCUUCGCCCUGAUGUUCAAAACAGUCGCAAACGGCGGUGAUCUCCACUCUGGUAUCUCCCAAUACUACGACCUCCCCACCAUCUCCCUCCGCAACGCCCUCUACGAACAAGUCCUCGCCAACUCAUCCAUCAUCCCCGAGCUAUUCAGUAUCGACAGGCAUGGCGAGCUUGAUCUGCGGCAUAUCAAUUUGAAAGGACAUAAUCUCCUUGGGAGGAUGGGCGCGGCGUAUGUGGAUUCGCAGGUGUGUGAGAUGGAACAGUAUGAGGAUACGUUUGAUCGUGCUGAGGGUAUGAGCCUCGAUGAGCUGUAUCCCCUCGCGCCUCUUCCUCGUCUGCGCCUCAACCAACCAUACGACUCCACAACCCACCUCCCCCAAAUCUCCCCCCAAUGCUUCUCCACAAACGGGCUCAAACACCCCCUCCUCCCCCUCCCCUCCUCCACCCUCGGCGACAACGGCUGGCAUCCCUGGGAAAGGUCCAACAAGAAAUACCUCAUCUCCACCACCCCCGGCGCGAGGGUGGAAUUUGAGAUGCACACGGGCUUGGGGAGGGUUGAUUUGAAUUAUUUGAGAUCGGAGAGCUUUGGAUUGGGGAGUGUUAGGUGUUGGGUUGAUGGGAGGGAGAAGGAGGGUGUGAGGUUGGAUGGGUAUUGGGAGAAGACGUUUAAUAUCGGGCAGACGACAACGAUCAAGGAUGGCCUUUCUAUCGGCAAACACAUUUUGACGUGCGAGCAUUUGAACGAGACGAGAGAUCCAAAGGGUGGGAAGGAGUUUAGGUUGAUCUCGGCCAUGAGGUGA